GGGCCCCUUGGUCGGCCAGCUCGUCGCGGGGGCUGGUGGCAGCGUCGCGAAGUUCAGGAACACCGCGGGCGAGAGCGAGCUCGCGCGCGCUCUGGAGCUGCCGAGGGACGUCGUUCCCCCGCCCAGUCGCGUCGCCAAGAUCUGCGACAGGCUGGCGGCGAUCGGGCGGAUCAAGUCCCUUCCCGACCCUGAUAGCGAUUCCGAGAGAAAGAAGAAGAAGGGGAGCGCCCGCAAGACCAAGAAAGUGAAG